UCCCACCUCGCAGGCAGCUAGAGAGAGUGAUCGCUAGCUAAGCAUUGUCAGCUUCUGCUCUGUAUGCUGGCUGCUGAACAAAGGUGCUGCUGAAAAGGGGUACAGUGUCCUUUACUCUGGCUGCUUCUGAUAUGGUGUAGCCUGGCUCUUCCUUAGACUGUACAUGGCUGCUUCUUGAGAAAGUUUUGUGGGGGAGAGAAGUCUCCAGCAAGCAGCUCCCAUUCUGCAGUGUCACUGGAGGGUGCAGACAGGAGGCGUCAUGUGAAUGACAAGCAGCUGGCUGAGAGCAAGGCUGCCCAGCGGGAUUCGUGGCAAGGCUGAGCUCCACGCCCUGGUGCACAGGAUGGCAAGCUGAUCUGCUCCCGCACACAGGCAUUCCAUAGCACUGCCCUCCUCCUGAGGCAGUGCGCAGAGGAGCAAUGGGAAUUGAGGACCAUGGUUACUUGACAUAAAUGGCAGAUCCCUGGGUGUCUAAUCUCGUAGCUGCUCGCUUUAGCUUUGCCUCUCUCUGCAGCCACUGUUUCUUUGCAAGCCACCUGUGGGUGCUGCUGCAAGAGUACUGGAGACCUCAAGGGCAACUUGGGAGCAAAUCUUGAAGAGGGGGUGGGCUUCCCGCCUCACCAUGAUUCAGCUGUGGAAAGUGGUGCGGCACGUGCGACAGCUGGAGCUCCACAGACUGAUUCUGCUGCUCAUUGCCUUUAGCCUGGUCUCCAUGUGCUUCCUGGCCUAUUAUGUCACCAACAGUCCCAAGAUCAAGGAACCACCGCCCCUGCCCUUCAGUGACUGCAGCAACCAGCACAGGGUCCUGAUCCCUCCCCAAGCCAGCUGGAGACUCACCAAAUCCGUUGACACCUCGCGCACAGAUCCUGUGGUGCUUGUCUUUGUGGAAAGCAUUUACUCUCAGCUGGGGCAGGAAAUUGUGGCCAUCCUGGAAUCCAGCCGAUUUAAAUACAGGACAGAGAUUGCCCCUGGCAAGGGGGACAUGCCCACCCUGACGGACAAGGACAGGGGCCGCUAUGCUCUCAUAAUCUAUGAGAAUGUCCUUAAAUAUGUGAACCUAGAUGCUUGGAACCGGGAGCUGCUGGACAAAUACUGUGUGGAGUAUGGAGUAGGGAUUAUUGGCUUCUUUAAAGCCAAUGAGAACAGCCUGCUCAGUGCUCAGCUCAAGGGUUUCCCCCUCUUCCUACAUUCCAACCUGGGACUGCGGGACUAUCACAUCAACCCCAGUGCCCCCCUGCUCUAUGUCACCCGAGCUAAUGAGGUAGAGCAGGGCCCCCUGCCUGGUGAUGACUGGACGGUGUUCCAGUCAAACCACAGCACCUAUGAGCCCGUGCUGUUGGCCAGCACAAAGUCAUCAGAGUCCAUUCCUCAUCUGGCCACCCACAAAGCGCUGCAUGCCACUGUGGUGCAGGACUUGGGGCUGCAUGACGGGAUUCAACGGGUACUCUUUGGCAAUAACCUCAACUUUUGGCUGCAUAAGCUCAUCUUUGUAGAUGCCAUUGCCUACCUGACUGGCAAGCGCCUCUGUCUCACACUUGACCGCUAUAUCCUUGUCGACAUCGAUGAUAUAUUUGUGGGCAAAGAGGGCACUCGCAUGAAAGUGUCGGAUGUAGAGGCUCUACUGAAUACUCAGAACAAGCUGAGAACUUUAGUGCCCAAUUUCACCUUCAACCUGGGCUUCUCUGGGAAAUUCUACCACACAGGUACGAAUGAGGAAGAUGAAGGGGAUGACAUGCUGCUCCAACACCGGAAGGAGUUCUGGUGGUUCCCUCAUAUGUGGAGUCACAUGCAGCCCCACCUCUUCCAUAAUGUCACUGUGCUGGCUGAGCAGAUGAAGCUCAACAAGCAGUUUGCGCUGGAGCAUGGGAUCCCCACAGACCUGGGCUAUGCUGUGGCCCCCCAUCAUUCUGGGGUUUAUCCUGUCCACACACAGCUCUACGAGGCCUGGAAAUCUAUCUGGGGCAUCCAGGUGACCAGCACUGAGGAGUAUCCGCACCUGCGGCCUGCCCGGUACCGUCGAGGGUUCAUCCACAAUGGAAUCAUGGUGCUGCCUCGACAGACCUGUGGUCUUUUCACUCACACCAUCUUCUACAAUGAAUAUCCUGGUGGCUCUAAGGAAUUGGACAAAAGCAUUCGUGGUGGUGAACUCUUUCUGACAGUGCUCUUGAACCCAAUCAGCAUCUUCAUGACCCACCUGUCCAACUAUGGGAAUGACCGGCUGGGGCUGUACACCUUUGAGAGCCUGGUCAAAUUUGUACAGUGCUGGACCAACCUUCGCUUGCAGACUCUGCCCCCAAUCCAGCUGGCCAAGAAGUACUUUGAGAUCUUUCCCCAGGAAAAGAACCCACUGUGGCAGAAUCCCUGUGAUGAUAAGAGGCACAAGGACAUCUGGUCCAAAGAGAAAACAUGUGAUCGGCUCCCCAAGUUCCUCAUCGUUGGACCUCAAAAAACUGGCACCACAGCUGUGCACUUCUUCUUGACCAUGCACCCUGCUGUCACCAGUAAUUUUCCCAGUCCAUCCACCUUUGAAGAGAUCCAGUUUUUCAAUGGACCCAACUAUCACAAAGGAAUUGACUGGUACAUGGAAUUCUUUCCCAUCCCCUCCAAUGCCAGCACAGACUUCAUGUUUGAGAAAAGUGCCAACUACUUUGACACAGAGGUGGUACCAAAGCGUGGCGCAGCCCUGCUCCCACGAGCCAAAAUCAUCUCUGUCCUGAUCAACCCUGCCGACCGAGCCUACUCCUGGUACCAGCACCAGCGCGCUCACAAUGACCCUGUGGCACUCAACUACACCUUCUACCAAGUGAUCUCUGCGAAAGCCCAGGCCCUUCAGGAGCUGCGUAAUCUGCAGGGCCGAUGCCUGCUCCCUGGAUGGUACUCAACACACCUAGAGCGCUGGCUGACAUACUAUCCCCCAGGGCAGAUUCUGAUUGUGGAUGGCCAGGAGCUCCGGCACAACCCUGCCUCCAUCAUGGACAGCAUCCAGAAGUUCUUGGGGGUGACACCACUCUUCAACUACACCCAGGCUCUCAAGUUUGAUGAGGCAAAAGGCUUUUGGUGCCAGGUACUGGAGGGAGGGAAGACAAGAUGCCUGGGAAANAGUAAAGGAAGGAAAUAUCCCGAUAUGGACUCCUCGUCACGGCUGUUCCUACGAGACUUCUACCGGGAGCACAACAUUGAGUUAUCCAAGCUGAUGAACAGACUCGGGCAGCCCCUUCCAACGUGGCUCCGGGAAGAAGUGCAGAACUCCAGCUGGAGCUGAGCCUGGCUGGCAGCUGUAUAGUGCUGUCACUCCCACCAGUGUGGAAAUACCUUACACUGCCAUCUCUUGUCACUCAAAAAAAACUACUGGACAAAAGGGCAGGAGCAGGGAAUGUGUGCAGAGCCCCUCCUCCUGUCCCGGCAAGGGCUGCUGCCUUGUCCCUGUCACCCACCAAGAUGCAGAGGAUGUGGCACACAGUGCAAAUUGGGCCCUUAAGUAUUAAUGGUUUGUCACAUAGCUUUGUGCAAGAUGGAUGCAGAGCAAAUGCAGUCACUCCCAGUUCAGCACCUGCCUCACCCCUUCCCAAGCAGAGAGAUACCACAGACCUCUGGUGGGCUUCACUCCCUCCUCCAAGCAAAGCAGGCUGGCUGGGGGGUGGUGGAAAAAGGAGAGAAUGGUAGCCCUCUACAUUCAGCCCAUUACCCACAGAGCACCCAAAGCAUGGUGGUUGAAGUGUUAAUACCUUACUCCAGUACUGCUACUGAAACAGACUUGGCGUGAGGGGCCUGUGCUUUGGCUGGUGAGUGGCAAGGCGGGGCUGUGGCAGAGCAAAGUGGGGGUAUAGGUCAGUGUAGUACAGGCAAGGAGAGGCAUGGGUCCUGCUUUCUCUGUGUUGGAGGUCAGUGCCAUUGCUACUAUCAUGUGGCACCUCAGAAUUGCACCCAGGAGUAGUCUGGGCCCUGCUCUGGUGGUGUGAAGAAGAUUGCCUUUCCCUGCCUGAAGCCUUGCUGUCAUGAUCCUGUGUCCAGUGAGUGAAGGUGAGGGGCCAUAGGAAAUGAGGCAGAGAUUUGCAUAAGUUGCCAUAAGUAAACCACUUGUUUUAAGGCAGAAAUGAGAAUGUGUGCGCUCUUGCUCACUCUCGCACAACUCUGUGUGGGUGACUGGCCUUUGCCUGCUGAAGCUCCUAAAUGUGGUUUGUCCCAGUAUAACCAAGCAGGGCUCCUUCAGGUCUGCCUCCCCUCCCACCAAGUGCUGUGCAGUACUAUCUUUGGUGGGGAAAUCAACAGAC